UUUGAUGCUUAUCGUAGUUUAGCGGGUCUUCCUUUGACAACAUAGCUAAGUUUUCAAGCCCUGUGCGUUGAAAUAGUAGUUCUGACGAGGUUUUAAUACAAUAUUUGAUCAUUUUCAUUAGUUUAUCAUACGAUACACAAACAUUAACACAUUUUUAUAUGUUGUAGCCUUAUCUUUGUUAGUAAAUGUUAAAAUGCUAGCUAGCUGCUAAUGCUAACAUGAGCUAACCAUAGGAAUUGCCAUGCCCUACUGUGAAUCGCUUUCUGUUUUUGUUUUCAGCUCAAACAGCUCAUAAAUAAGUGAACCGUUCAGAACUCAGAUGGCGGUGGCUCCCGCCUCUUUGGCCGAUCAGAUCAUAGUCCUUGAUGAUGACGAUAAUGUUGAAGAAGCGAGACCUCAGCCUUCAUCUUCUGCUGCUACCCCCUCAUCCUCUAAGCAUCAGGCUAAAGGACGUUCGUCACCUAAGAAUCAGCACCGGGUGUCGACCCACAUCACCCAAUCACCUUUUUCCUCUGCCAAGAAGAACACAAACGCUCUGCAGAUCGAAAACCAGAAGCUGUUCGACGAGUUUGUGCAGCACUGCACGCCCCUCACGAAGGACUGCCCGGAGGUUCUGACGUUCCUCCAAACCAAACAUGGGAAGGCCUGCCCCGACUACCUGUGCUCCGUGGAGUUCAGGAACACGCUGGGACACUGUCUGACUCGAGCUCAGGCCAGCAAAUCCAAAACCUUCGUCUACAUUAAAGAACUGUGCACUGUGCUGCAGCAGCACGCGCUCAAGAAGAGGCAGGCCCUCACCAAGGUGGAGCCCGCCGCAGCAGAACAGGGUUCUCAUCAGUCUACCUCUACAACGCUGAAAAGCAAAGACAAGGUAAAAGGUAAGGCAGGUGAGGAGGAUGAGGAAGUGAAACCAGAAGAGGAAGACCAGCCUUCCUCUUCAGGAGAAAAGGGAGAAGCUGGAGAGGAAAAUCAAGAGACCGACAAGAAGGCCAGGAGGUCUUUAAAGAAACAGAUUGCUUAUCUAGAGAACCUGUUGAAGCUCUACAACGAUGAGAUCUACCGACUGCAGCAGGCGGAGCUCAGCUUAGACGACAUGGAGACUGAAGACUCGACGUACAUCCAGGAGCACAAACUGAAGCGGAAGAUGAUGAAGAUCUAUGAAAAGCUUUGUGAACUGAAAGGCUGCGACACGCUAACAGGCAGAGUGAUCGAACAGAGGAUCACUUACUCAGGGACCCGCUACCCAGAAAUCAACAAGAAGAUUGAGCGUUUCAUCAACAGUCCCGAGGCUCACAGGAAUCCUCCAGAUUACCACGACAUCCUGCAGCAGGUGAUCCGCGUCAACGAGCGCCACAACCUGUGUCUGAGCAGAAAGCAGCUGAACCAGAUCGCAGCCGAAGCCUUCAGAGAGACCGGGAGCCGCCUGCAGGAGCGGCGCCACCUAGAUCUGGUCUACAACUUCGGCUCGCGCCUCACAGACACAUAUAAACCCGCGACCGACCCGGCUCUGUCGGACCCCUCUCUGAUGAGGAAGCUGCGCUCCAACAGAGAAGUGGCUUUAUCCCGUCUGGAUGAGGUCAUCACCAAAUACGCCGUCAAACAGGACGACACCGAGGAGCAGGAGAGGCAGCGGAGGAUGGAGAAAGACAAGGAGAAUCAGAAAUUAGAAGAUGAAGCCAAGGCCAAGCAGGCCGGUGGAGCGUCUCGGAAUGAGGAGGAGGAUGAGGAAGAAGAGGAAGAUGAUGAAGAGGAUGAGUCAUCGGACCCAGACAUAGAGGAAGAGAUCGUGGCCAGCACUCAGCAUGACGGCGCAGAUGAUGAUGACGAUAACGAGGAUGACAACGAUAACGAGGCGGACGAAGGCUGCGAUGAUGUCGACAACAAGGAGGACCAGACGUACGAUCAGUCAGAAAGUGUCGCUGCAGCUGAUGAAGAAGACCUGAAGGAUGAAGGUGAUCCUGACUCCGAUGAGACCCAGAUCUCCCCCAUGACCGACAUCCCCUCCCCAAGAGACAGCCCCAGCCAAUCGGAGGCCAUGCAGACCAACGAGCCGCAACCGUCGACCAAUGGGAGCCCAGCAGCUUCGCAGCAGUCCGUCACCUCCUCCAGUCAGCUGUCCGUUGUUCUUGUAAAGGUCAAAGAAAAAGCUACGGAGGUCAACCCAUCAGCUUCCACCAAUGGGAAUCCUUCCCCAGAGCAGAAAACCGUCACAGUGGGUCAAAGUGACACCCAGACCACCAACGGGACGUCCCCGCCCCCCAGCCCGAGGACCACCAGGAGCCAGAAGAGGAAGAGGGAGGAAACGAGGUCAACGAACUCUAGAAAUAUAAAACAGAAGAUCAGUUUUGACAGCAGCGAUGCAGACAUCUCUCUGGACAUGGGCGUCAUUUGCUGCAGUUCUCCAGAAAAAAUGGAAUCCUCCGUCUUCGAAACGCCGACCAAGAACCCCAUCAUCAGCUUAGAGUCCACGCCGCCUCCCAAGAAGAACAAGGUUAACGUGGCGACCCAGUGUGACCCAGACGAGAUCAUCGUGCUGUCAGACUCGGACUGAAUCUCUGAACGCAUCAGUUUUCUUCUUGCACUUCUGAAGCUGUGUUUUCAGACCAUCUCUGCCAAACCCAGAAGAACUGGAACAAACAGAAUUUUUUUUUUCCUCUCAAAAAGUCAGUAUCACAGACUAUCAGUCGAAAUCAAGGAGCAGCUGUUUCUGUUCACAGCUAAUACACAUAACUGAUCUGGGAUGUUGUUGACGCUUCUCCACUCAUCAAGGUGCAGUUUCUAUUUCCCCCCAGCAGGGAGGCGCUCUCUAACAGCUUGUCUGUGCAGACCUCAUGAACAAGUGAGAACAGCUGAUCUAGAUGCUGUUUCUCCAGCCGGUGCUUGUGUUUUUUAUGCCAUUUGAGUCCAGUUCCUGUCAAUAAGAACAGGACCUGAUGGUUUCCAUGACGACGAUGAUGAACUGUACAUGAACUCAGUUUUUUUUAGGGGGGUAUUUUUUUAUAAAAGGGAUUUUUCUGUUUAAAUGGAUUUUCUGCUUGUGCUGACGGCCGGGAUAAACCGAGGCGAUUGGUUUGGUUUGUGACGCGCAGCAGAGAUGUGGGAACUUCUCAUUUUCUCCUUUUCUAUCGGCCCUUAGAAACAGAUUUGUAGAUUCAAAAUAAAGUAAGUUUAUCUUUUUUUCAGAUUAGUUUCUCUCUUUUGAACAAACCCAUAAAAGACAAAAAAAACAAAUGCCAGAUUCUUCAUCUAUUUCAUUCAUAUACCCAAGCAUCAGGAUUCUCGUUUUGAUGUUUCCACACUUAAAAACAUUUACUAAAACAAGUAAAUGACUAACACAAUCAGAGGAAACAUCCAAUUAUUACAUUUCAAAACUGAUAUGCUGAUAGGAAUAAUCCCUGCAAUGUCUUUAGCUUGUUUUUUAAGUCUAAUCUGGUCAGAGAUGCUUCCUUUGUAACUGAGCAACACUUAAAGUAGCCAACACUGCCACCUGCUGACCAAUGUUUGCAAUUCCCAUUGAAACUAAAAGUGAAAAUGAUUCAUUUAAAGUUUUACUUUAUGCUCAACCUUCUGUUUCUUCCUUUAAAAUCUGGGAGGAAAUGCAGAUUAUAUUUUAAUUUAGCGCCACAUGAUCCUUUAGUUUCAUGCUCUUUGGAAGUUAGACAAGUUUACCUGCUUAAGGCGUCCAGAUGUGGCCUUGUUUUCUCCUGCCUCUGCUGUAAGCAUUAGGAGGCGUGUUAAUCCGCCUUAGAAAGUAGACCUAAACACUUUACCUUGUGCUUUUUUUUCUGGGAUUUAUGCAAAAACCUUCAGGAGCCAUGUUGGGGAAAACAGGCCAUUAAAUGCUCCGAUAAGGGGAACAGUUUGGAAACAUUUAGGUUAAAGGAAGCAGCAGGGAUCAUAUUUUAAACUCAGAAGUUUGUUUUGAUGGAACUGGUUUCUCUAAAUGAACUUUUAAUGAAAUAUUAGAAGAGAAAUUUCUUGUUAAAUCCAAAUGCAGGAAAAAACUAGAGUAGAACAUUAACUGAAAACAAAAUUAAUGGAUGAAAAUCUCUACAAUCAUUAAAACAGUAAAAAUACUCCAUUAGUUUAUCAUCUCUUUUUUUUAAGGUUUUAUUUUUCUCCCUUCUGCUGAAAAAGCUCUUUCUGAUCCUUACUGAUACUUAUUAUCCCUGAAAUAUCUUGAUAUUUUUCCCAGAUUCUGAAUUUUUUGUGAAAACAUCUUCAGGAACCGAUGAAUAAAACGUAUUUGUUGGUUCUGGUAGCGUCACUGUUCUGAGGCUAAUCGUCAUUAGCUGAGCUCUGAUGCGAUGGACUUUAUCUGAUUUCUCUCACCGCCGUUUCUUUUUAUCAUGUGUGAAAGUUUUGUUUUUACCUCGUGGGUGAAUUUUUGUCCUCAUCAGGGUAGAAGCUCUUUUCAGAGCGUCAGGAUAGAGAAAUGAGUCGAACACAUUUCUGCUCCUCUGUCUACUGGAGUUUUCCUUCACUGUGAAAUCCUUUUUUUAUUUUAUUUUGGUA